CCCCGCGUGCCCCCCAGCCCCAUGGCGGCCGAGGUGGAGCUCAUGGAGCAGCACAACAACAACCCCAGCCCCUGGGAGGACCCCGCGGGCCCGGCCAAGCUCUUCGAGUGCUCCCGCAUCAAGGCCUUGGCAGACGAGCGCGACGCGGUGCAGAAGAAGACCUUCACCAAGUGGGUGAACGCGCACCUGGCGCGCGCCUCCUGCCGCGUCGGGGACCUCUACUGCGACCUCCGCGACGGCUUCGUCCUCACGCGCCUGCUCGAGGUGCUCUCCGGGGAGCAGCUGCCCAAGCCGACGCGGGGCCGGAUGCGCAUCCACUCCCUGGAGAACGUGGACAAGGCGCUGCAGUUCCUCAAGGAGCAGCGCGUGCACCUGGAGAACGUGGGCUCCCACGACAUCGUGGACGGCAACCACCGCCUGACGCUGGGCCUCAUCUGGACCAUCAUCCUCCGCUUCCAGAUCCAGGUCAUCAAGAUCAAGACCGAGGACAACCGGGAGACGCGCUCGGCCAAGGACGCGCUGCUGCUCUGGUGCCAGAUGAAGACGGCGGGCUACCCCGAGGUGAACAUCCAGAACUUCACCACAAGCUGGAGGGAUGGGUUGGCCUUCAACGCCCUCAUCCACAAGCACAGGCCGGAUCUCGUUGACUUCCACAAGCUCACCAAGUCCAACGCCACCUUCAACCUGCAGCAGGCCUUCAACACGGCCGAGCAGCACCUGGGGCUCAGCAAGCUCCUGGACCCCGAGGAUGUGAACAUGGAGGACCCCGAUGAGAAGUCCAUCAUCACCUACGUGGUGUCCUUCUACCACUACUUCUCCAAGAUGAAGGCGCUGGCGGUGGAGGGGAAGCGCAUCGGGAAGGUGCUGGACCAGGCCAUGGAGAUCGAGGCCAUCGUGGAGCGCUACGAGGCGCUGGCGGCCGCGCUGCUGGCCUGGAUCCACCAAACCAUCGCCGUCAUCGGCACCCAGAAGUUCGCCAACUCCCUGCUGGGGGUGCAGCAGCAGCUCCAGGCCUUCACCGCCUUCUGCACCCUGGAGAAGCCGGUCAAGUUCCAAGAGAAGGGCAACCUGGAGGUGCUGCUCUUCAGCAUCCAGAGCAAGCUCCGCGCCACCGACCGCAGGCUCUACGUGCCCAGCGAGGGCAAGAGCAUCGCGGACAUCAACAAGGCCUGGAGCUGCCUGGAGAAGGCGGAGCACGAGCGGGAGGUGGCGCUGCGCCGGGAGCUCAUCCGCCAGGAGAAGCUGGAGCUGCUGGCCCAGCGCUUCGACCAUAAGGUGGCCAUGAGGGAGACGUGGCUGCAGGAGAACCAGCGCCUCGUCUCGCAGGACAACUUCGGCUACGACCUGCCGGCGGUGGAGGCGGCCAUGAAGAAGCACGAGGCCAUCGAGGCCGACAUCUCCUCCUACCACGAGCGCAUCCAGGCCGUGGUGGAGCUGGCGCUGGAGGUGGCCGCCGGCGGCUACUACGACACGCGGCGCAUCGGCGCCCAGAAGGACAACGUCCUGCGGCAAUGGGCGCUGCUGGGGGAGCUCCUGCGCGCCCGCCGCGCCCGCCUCGAGCAGAACCUGGCCCUGCAGAGGAUCUUCCAGGAGAUGGUGCACAUGAUCGACUGGAUGGAGGACAUGCAGGGGCUGCUGCUGUCCAAGGAGCUGGGGAAGCACCUGCUGGAGGUGGAGGACCUGCUGCAGAAGCAGGGGCUGCUGGAGGCCGACAUCAGCGCCCAGAGCGAGCGCGUGCAGGCGCUCAACGCGGCCGCGCUCAAGUUCUCCGAGCUGGAGGGGUACCAGCCCUGCGACCCUCAGAUCAUCUGCAACCGCGUGCACCACGUGCGGACGUGCCUGGAGGAGCUGCGGGAGCUGGCGGCGCGGCGGCGCCGGGACCUGGAGGACUCGCGCCAGCUCUGGGCCUUCUACCAGGAGAUGGAGGAAGCCGAGGCCUGGAUCCGGGAGAAGGAGCGCAUCUUGGGCACCAAACGGUGCGGCCGGGACCUGAGCAGCGUCUUGGCGCUCACCAAGAAGCACCAGAGCAUGCUGGGCGAGCUGGGCGGGCGCCGCGCGCUGCUGCACCAGAGCAUGAAGAAAGGCGAGCAGCUCCUGGCCAAGGCGAGCGCCGGCACCGGCGGCAUCCAGGAGAAGACGCGGGCGGUUUGGUUGCGUUGGAAGAAGCUGGAGGAGGCCACGGGGCUGCACCAGCAGCGCCUGCAGGAGGCGUUGGGCUUCUUCCAGUUCAGCGCCGAGACGGACGACCUGGUGGCGUGGCUGCAGGACACGUACCGCGUGGUGUCCAGCGACGACUUCGGCCACGACGAGCACUCGAGCCGAGCGCUGCUGCGCCAGCACCGCGCCGUCCUGGCCCAGGUGGAGAAGCACCGCGUGGCCGUGGCCGCCCUGCGCCAGCAGCUGGGGCUCCUGGCCCCCGAGCAUCGCCAAGGCGUGGACGUGCAGAUCCGGGUGGUGGAGGUGGAGCAGCUCUACGGCGAGGUGGCCGAGGUGGCCGUGCUGCGGCAGCAGUGGCUGCAGGACGCCUUGGCCGUCUACCGCAUGUUCAGCGAGGUGCACGCCUGCGAGGUGUGGGUGGACGAGAAGGAGCAGUGGUUGGAGAGGAUGGUGGUGCCGGAGGAGCUGGAUGAGGUCGAGGUGGUCCAGCACAGGUUCGAGAGCCUGGACCAGGAGAUGAACAGCGUCAUGGGCCGCAUCCUGGACGUCAACCAAGUGGUGCAGCAGUUGGUGGAUGGAGGACACCCCAGCUCCGAGGAGGUCCGAGCGUGCCAGGACCACCUCAACAGCAGGUGGAACCGGGUGGUGGAGCUGGUGGAGACCAAGAAGACCCAACUGAGCUCGGUGCUGCAGAUCCAGAACCACCUCCUGGAGUGUGCCGAGGUGAAGGCCCAGGUGCGGGACAAGCGCAAGGCCAUCGAGGCCACGCGCUCCGGCACCGGCGACGGCCUCGGCGGCAUCUUGGCCUUGCAACGGCGCCUUUCCACCAUGGAGGCGGCGCUGGUGGUGCUGGAGCCGCGCUUGGUGGAGCUGCAACGGGAAGGGGAAGCUUUGGCCGCUUCCCACCCGGGCCGGGCGCUGGAGAUCCUGGUGCCCUUCGAGGAGAUCCACGAGGAAUGGGACGGGCUCCAACGGGCGCUGCAGGGCUGCGAGGAUUCCUUGAGCGUGGCCGGGCGCCUCCAGGCCUUCAUCCACGACCUGGACACGUUCCUGGCUUGGUUGGUGAAGACCCAAGCGGCGGCGGCCGACGAGGAGGUGCCGGCGAGCUUGGCGGCGGCAGAGGCGAUGCUGAACCGGCACGGGGCCCUCAAGGAGGAGAUCGACGGGCACGAGGAGGACUACGUGCGCAUCCGCGCCGCCAGCGACCUGCUGGCCAUGGAGGGCACCGAGGUGCCCAACCUGUCCCUGCAGCAGUGGGUGCAGAAGCUGGAUGCGGGCUGGGCAGAGCUGCUGCGGAGCUGGGAGGCGCGCCGGGAAGCAUUGGCCCAGGCCCACGUCUUCCACCUCUUCCUCCGGGACGUGCGCCAGUGCGAGAGCAUCCUCAGCAACCAGGAGGCGGCGCUGGUGGGCGCGGAGCUGCCUCGCUCCGUGGAAGGGGUCGCCAGCGCCAUGAAGGCGCACAAGGACUUCGGCACCACCAUGGAGCUGCACAACCAAAGGGUCCAAGGGGUUCUGGAGGCCGGCGAGAGCCUCCAGCGCCAGGGCAACCUCUACGGCGAGCGCGUGGCCGAGGCCGUGGAGCGGCUCCGGGCCAAGAGCCACCGGAACCAGGAGCUGGCGCAGGAGCGGGCGCGGAGGCUCCAGGAGCACCUCGAGCUGCAGAGGUUCCUCCAGGAGUGCCAGCAGCUGGAUGAGUGGCUCCAGGAGAAGGCGCUGAUGGCCGGGGACCCCCCCCGGGACCCCCCCAAACCCUGGAUGAGGCAUCAGAGCCUCCUGGCCGAGCUGGCGCAGAGCAAAGAGUGGCUGGAGAAGAUCGAGAAGGUGGGG